GCCGCAUCGCAGUCGUCGGACGUCUGCAAUCCAUUCGUACUCUAUAUUAAUCAAAUUUGACGGCGAAUAGUGCACUGGGUGUAAUAUAUUAAUAUAUAAUAUUACACACAGCCAGUAAUAGGUAUUACACAUAUACCAGCUGACAAGCUAAGGUAUUACCUAAGUACAUAAAUUCGGUUUAUAAAACGUCGACCACUAAGUCGUUUUGAUUACCGCGGUAUUCGUGACAGGAUGAAGGAGAUACUGUUGGUGGUCCUGUUGUCCGUAGUCUGGUCGCUGCGACCAAUCGUUUCGGCGGACGUCGCGCAGAUAAAAUCGGCGGCACACGCGCCUGAAGCGAGGACCAACGACGACGACAACCGAUCACCGCCGUCCGCAUUGGUGUCCGACAGCGGUGACGUCAACAACGGCACAUCACCGUGCGAUCGGUACCUUAGAUCCGCCGAAGUGGAGGUGCGGAACCCGCGGAACCACAAGUUUGUCACGUCCAACGGCUGGGCGGAACGGCAGCGACCUAGGCCCGAAAUCAACGUGUACUCGCGCGUCGAAGAGCUACCGUCGACUCAGCCUCCUCUAGCGGCGGCCGGUGCAGCGUUCUACCAUCAGCAGCGGGACAGUAGCUUUUACCAGCACUCGCGCCAGCAGCAGCCGGCCGUGCAGAGGACGUCCAAACGGAUCAUUUACUACGCGACACUGCCGGACGUGAUCCGGCCACCGUCCGGUUACCCUACGCCUUCGGCCGCUUAUUCAGCUGAUCCGUUUGCGCUCGGCCCCGGUCCCUUUUCCGCUGAUUUCAGGCAACUGCAAGACUCCAACAGGAAAUCUCCACCGGAUAGCUUGCAACGUAGCCGAUUGACGUCUUACGAAAACGCUUACAACCGCGGUGGUGGUAUACAGGGAGGAAGUGGUAUCAUCGGUGUUGGUGUCAACGGCGUGUACAACAGCAGAUAUGACGAACCGGCCGAGUUUCGCGAUUCGUAUUACCGGCCCAACGAGCUAACGUCAAAGUUCGCGUCCUGGGCCGAACCAUUCUACAAGAGCUGGUCGUCGUCAUCUUGGGACAAGGAUCGGGUGUCGUUCAACAACAUUAACARAGGCGCGCCGUCGUUUUCCUGGGACAGGGAACCGUUAACCAGGGGAAGUGGUUCGUGGGACAGGGAACCGCUCAACAGAGGCAGCGGCUCGUGGGACAGAGAGCCGCUCGGUGGAGACGGAGGCAGCUCGUGGGACAACAGGGGAUCGUCGUGGGACAACAGGGGAUCAUCGUGGGACAAGGAUUUAGUCGAAGUGCCAUUGCAAAAGCCCUACAGAAGUGGUGGUGGUAGCAGCGGUGGCGGCGGCGGUGGGGGAAAUAACAACUUGUACAACAGCGACAAGUAUCCGGAGGUGGCGGUCGUCCAUUCUGGAGUGAUCGACGUAAGGGGCGAUCGGCAGCAAAACGGCUCACCACCGAUGGUGCCGCCACCGAGAUUCACGAUCAUCGACGUCGAUCCAAAACCGUACCUCGAUCAGCAGUCGCCGGCUAUGCGGUAUGACGAGCGUAACAAGCCGAUGGUGCAGCAGCACAUGCGGUACGAACCGCCGCAAAAGCCGAUGCGGUAUGAAACUUACAUGCCGAUGCACACACGCAUCGAACAGCAACAGCCGAUGGCGCCGCCGCCAUCCAUGCGGUACGAACAGCAGUAUCGGUCUCCACAACAGCAACAACCGUCGUCCACUCGGUACGGGCAACAACAACAAACACAGAACAAACCGCCGUCCAACGGCUACUACGAGAGUAUAAAGAACAACAUCAACACUCAUCAAUUUAUGACAAGUUGGACGGAAGUAUCGACUCAAGAUGAAGUAUCACCCACGCACUCUGUGAGCUUAGAUAUUUCUACGAUCGGCAAUUCAACUAGUGUUCAAAACAAUACCAGGAUCACUCCAAAUGAAAAUACUACGAAAAUACCAAAAUAAAAGGUGUUAAAAAAAUGUAUAAGAUAUUUUAGGUAAUAUAUUUGUAAUAUUGAAUUUUAUAUAAAUAACAAUUCGCGAGCAUAAUAACUAUAACAUCGACCAAUGUGUUAAAUCAAAAUGUGAUUCUAUACCUAUACUAUCAUUAUAUACUUAAACUUAAGCAAUUGCGUUUUUAGGAAUUUUUCAUGAGAAUGGUCCGGAUAAUUUUGCAAACAUUAUUUAUUAAUAAAUCAUAUUUAAACUUAUACCUAUAACCCUAUAGCCUAUAGGUCCUAGAUGAACAAACAAAACUUUAUCUUAAAUCAAAACAAUUUUUGUAAUCAUUUAAUAUACAAUUUAAGAAUUUAACCUUAUAUAGUAAAUACCAAUGGAGUACGAAUUGAAAACUAAAUCUGAAUAUUGAAUUCUGGUUGCACCGUUGUUUACAGCAUAAAAAAAUACUAUAGUCUAUAGUAAACACUAUAGUUAGAAAAAAAAAAGUAGAAUAUUGUUCCCUGUAGAUAGAUCCCAGUAAUUUACCAUAUUCAACAGUACCUAGAUAUAUAUUACUAAUGAGAAUUAAU